AUGACCCAGCUGUCCUUGGGUUUGGGUUUGAAUCACAAAAUUGCUGCAGGUGUUUUUGGAGAGUCAGAAAAGUGCUGUGGGGGGUUUUUGGGGAGAGUGCGUAUUAAAACUGAGUUGAGGUGUUUUGUAGUGGUUAUAAUCGGUGUUUGCUUCGUUUUUGUUUUGUAUUCAGUGAUUUGCGUUUUGAUUGGUCCAGUUUGUGACGAGAAGAUUGGGUUGAACACAAGUGGAACAGGAGCUUUGGGGAAGUUAUCCAACUUAUUUUACAAGGCAGAAUCAUCAAACUCCCAAAAUAAAAAUAGCAGUAAUGAAUCCAGAGGAACUAAAGAGGAAACGUCAUCUCUAGAAGGGUUCUACGAAGAACUCCCUAUCGCAAAAAAAAUUGCUGUAGUGAAUUUAGUAACUGUUUCUGUCAGGAAGUGCCCUGAGACUGCUAAGAAUCUUCUAUAUUUGGAAACAGAUUUACCUGAUCAUGUUGUUGUUGUUCACUGGGGAGUUUGCAAAGAUGAUGCUAAAAGAUGGGAAAUUCCAGCAGCCCCACAUCCGCCAGAAACAGUAGUUUUCAAGGAUAAGGCUUUGCGAACCCGAUUGCAGGUAGUGCCACUUUUUAGGUUUCCACUUCAUUACCAAAAAAAAGAAAAAGAAGAAGGAACUGCAGGAUUUCUUUUUGUUUUCAAGCUAAGUGAAAGUACAUGGUUGAAAUGUAAGGGCAAUGACUUCUACAUUCCCCUUUCAAGCGCAAAUAACUCACCUGCUGCAGCAAAGGAGGAUCAAUAUGAAGGUGCUGAUGUAGAUGAGGGAAGUGCAGAAGAAAUAGAUGAAAGUUCUUUUACUGAAUAUGCCAAUGGAAUAAUAAAUGAAAUAAGGAUCUUGGUGAGUGGCAUUUCCUCUGAGAAGAGUCGAAAGACAAAAUCCAAAGAAGCACAAGAAAGCAUUCUUCAAGAAAUAGAAAAAUUGGCUGCUGAAGCCUAUAGUAUCUUCAGAAGCACUGUUCCCACAUUUACUGAGGAAGCUAUUUCAGAAUCUGAAGAAUUAGCACUGAAAAUAACCUCAGGGACAGGCACGGGAUUUGAAAUAUUGUGCCAAGGUUUUAAUUGGGAAUCUCAUAAAUCUGGAAGAUGGUACAUGGAGCUCAAAGAUAAAGCUGCUGAAUUGUCUUCACUAGGUUUCACUGUGAUUUGGUUACCACCCCCUGCAGAUUCUGUGUCGCCUGAAGGGUACAUGCCGACGGAUUUGUAUAAUCUGAACUCCAGACAGGGUGUGGCAUUGAAUUUUUCAACUGGUUGCAGUCCAGUAAUGGCAACAAAAACUGGAAGAACAAAGAUGAUGAGACUUUUACGAGAUGAUGAUGCAGAGGAUCAAGGUAGUCAAAGACAAGGAGAGAGAAUAUCUAAUUAUCAAGCUUUGGUUGCUGUUUUUGAUAUGGACACACGUCCUCAGAUUAUAUCAAAAAAGUGGAAACAAGGUCUCAGUUAUGCUCCAUUCGAGUCAUCGUCGCAGAAAUACUUGACGGACAAUGGGAGUGUCUUUAUGACCAAGAUAUCUGUUACUUUGAACAAUAGAAGAGAGGGUGUACUUUUUGAAUUUUAAAGAAAUGGAAGCCCGUAAGGAUGACAAGAAUCUAUCUCUCUCCCAAAGCUCAUUGACCCACACUUGCAUCAAUGGAUUCAAAACCUGUUGAUCAGUUUCAUUAAUUCAAGCAACAAAUUCAGAUGAGGUUUUACUUGCAUAUGAAAUGAAUGGAGAGGUGUUCUUCAAAGAUCGAUGAUGCCAUGAGCAAGAAGUGACGUCUCUUCUUCCUGGUAGUAGACGCAAAAUCCGGGGAAAAUUUUUGCCCUUUUCCUCUGUUUUUAGGUAAUUCGUUUUUCACUUUAGAUUAAUUGUUUAAAAGCUUCAAUUUCGUUUUGUUUGGUUUGUAGUAUUUGUUGCCUCCUCAAGUGGGAAGGAGUUGGGAAAGUGGAAAUCCCCAUGAGGCUGUAGAUUUCUAGGGUUUGGCCAAAACCCAGUUUUUUGACUCAGGAUUUCAUGGGUUGAAAACAAGAGGGGAAGAGAGGGUUUGGAGGGAUUAAUUAGUAAAAAGGAAAGUGAUGGUGAAGAGGUCAAUGUUGAGGAGGUACAGUCAGAAGUGUACAGAACAGUUAUAAACACCUUUUGCAGAGUGUGGUUGUUGACCCAUCCACUGGAGUACAAGAAAGUCUACGGGUCAAAAUGAUUUCUCUCUUGAAUAUAUUCCUUAAAUAGUGCAAAACCAUGGUAUUAAUCAAGCAAAACAUGGUGAUACAUCAAGCUUCAACAAAGGAGAUUCUCAACGCAUGGUAGAUCAAGAGACUUUAGAUCAAAUCAGAUCUAAGCCAUCAAACAACCAAAGAAGUUUGUGCAGUAAUGGUGGCAAAUCUCUAGAAAAUUUGACGCUACUAUGAUAAGAUCAUUCUUUUAAGUUUGAGAGUAAGAAAAGACAUUAUGGUUAUGAUUUUCAUCCCGCAGCAAAGCGAGGGCACUGUUGCUAGUUUUGAACGAGGCCAAAAUUGGAAGGUGCAAAUAGAAGCUCUUGUGGCUUGUUCUUGCGCAUAAAACAUAAAAUUUUGGCACAAUGUACAUUUGGUUGUGAUUUGAAUAAGAUAAAUAUCUUGAUGGAGGCAGCAGUUUCAUUAAUAUCUUGAUGGAAUGUACUACCUCACAUAAUUUGUUCUGAAUAGAUUAACUCAUUUAUGCAAAAUUAGUUUAAUUGUGAAAUUUGGCA